AUGCGCUUCCACUGGCGAUGCGGCGCCAAUCCCGAUCCUCCCGACGCGCUCCCAGCUCAUCAAGAUCCUGCGCCACAGGUGAUUUCGGCUCCGAUCAACAGGCGCUCCCGGAAAUUCGAGAAGGAAGGUCCGUUUGCUGUCGUCCAUGGGGCGCUGCCGGCACACGCGAAGAAAUUCCAGCAAUUCAGGCACACGUUGCAAGAUUUCGUGGAGUUCGUCCUCUUCCGGGCAAUGCUGCACACGAAGAAGGGAGCGCGGAACUGGGGAGUGUUUCUAUCUGCAUUGGCGACGAUCUUUCUCGUCACGCUCAAACUAGUCUCGAUCGGGCGGUCUCUUCCAACGCAGGCUGGAUUCCGGGUGAGAAUUUCUCGCCUCCUCCUUGGAACUUCUCUGAUUCUUAGCGCUCAAAUUUCACAGGAUCGUCCUUCCAGCGCGAUGCUACGAGCGGACUAUGACGAGCUCUGGGCCAGGCCACGCAGCGAUAGAUACCGCCAAUGCAUUGCUCGUUCCCGGCAUCAUAGAGGACCAGAAGCAGUGACGAAUGGUUACCUUUUAGUGACUGCCAAUGGCGGACUCAAUCAAAUGCGAACGGGGAUUUGCGACAUGGUUGCUGUCGCUCGGCUUAUGAAUGCGACCCUCGUCGUUCCUGUCCUUGACAAGACAUCCUUUUGGAAUGAUCCCAGCGAUUUCAAGGACAUAUUUGAUGUAAACUAUUUCAUCCACGCGUUAGAGAAAGACGUGUCUAUUGUUGAAGCGCUGCCUCCCUCUCUCCGGGAUGUCGUUCCUUUCCGCAAGGCUCCUGUAUCGUGGUCCAAUGAAUCAUACUAUAGAAACAACAUGACGGUAUUGCUCAAAGAGCACAAGGUUUUGCACCUGACGCAUGCAGACUCGAGGCUUGCCAACAACGGCCUUCCAGACGAGAUCCAAAGGCUGAGAUGCCGUGCGAAUUACCAUGCACUCAAGUUCACAGAACCUUUGCAAAGAGUGGCAGACGCGCUGAUCAAGAGAAUGCAAAGUACAGGCCCGUUCAUUGCGCUGCAUCUCAGAUACGAAAAAGACAUGCUGUCUUUUACUGGAUGUACACACGGUUUGUCCACAGAGGAAGCACGAGAACUGAAGCGCAUGAGAUACGACGUGCGGCAUUGGAAAGAGAAGGAAAUUGACGGCGAGGAGAAACGCAGGCAAGGUGGUUGUCCUCUAACCCCUUACGAGACUGGGCUUUUUCUCAAAGCUCUUGGCUAUCCCGAGCCCACGGCCAUCUACAUUGUCGCCGGGGAAACUUAUGGGAACGGCAGCAUGGCGUCGCUGAAGAAGAUCUUUCCAGGCGUGUACUCUCAUUCGACGUUGGCAACUUAUGAGGAGCUCUCAACGCUCGCUAGGUACCAAAACAGGCUCUCGGCUGUGGAUUACGCAGUGGCUCUUGAGAGCGAUGUCUUCGUGUUCACACACGAUGGAAACAUGGCCAAAGCGCUCCAGGGACACAGACGCUACGAUGGCUUUCGGAAGACAAUCAGCCCGGACAGGCGAAAGCUGAUUCCGCUCAUUGAUAGCUAUGGAGCUGGGAAUAUGUCUUGGGAUGAAUUUGCGUCUCAAGUGAAAAUGCUACACGAAGUGAGGACUGGAGGUCCAGCGCUAAGAGUUCCUGGUCCCGUCCCAAAGCACGAAGACUAUUUCUUUGCCAACCCGUUUCCUGGUUGCAUAUGUGGAAGAAACAGCAGCGCCAGGGAAGUGUAGAGCGCUCUUUAACUUAUGUACAAAGCCCAGGAAAUUUUUUUUCAUGGCAUGGUUAUGGGUCAAUGUAGAUUCAACAUGGCUGAAAUUUUCCA